AUGAUCAGAAAAGACUGGACACAUUCAGGUGUUGCCAAAUUAUACACAGAUAUUCAAAAGAAUGGUUAUCAAAUUUUAUAUCUAACGAGUAAAGCUAUUAGACAAGUCAGAUAUACCAGAGAUUACUUAAAGAAAGUAGAACAAGACAAAUGCCAAUUGCCUGACGGACCUGUUAUUAUAUCACCUGAUCGCUUAUUGACUGCCUUUCAUAGUAAUAGGAUAACAGAUGCUUUAUCUUAUCAAAGUGUUAAUAUACCAUCAUCAAGGAUAUUUACAAUUGACACAAAUGGCGAAGUGAAGCUGCAAUUAUU